AUGGAGGUGGCAGCACCCCUGAGGCAGGUGCUGCCCGCAGAAAUCCCAGAACAGGAAGAUCUAGACCUAAAGGAAACUCCCGAAGGACUGCCCCCUUCUAUCCUUAGGAUCAUACAGAGAGAUAUCUUCAUAUCCCUCUUGGUGAAUAUGCCACACAAUCGUCUGUGGGUAAAGCAGGAACUGACAUUGUUGGGGACUGUACAAUUAAUGACCAGCCUGAUAGUGCAGAGCCUGGGAUACUUUUGGACAUACCUGUAUUUUUCUCAAAAUAUUGCAUUUGUAAUGGACAGUGAAUAUAUUCCUAUCGUUGGAACUUCAGGAUACUCACUUUGGGCCUCUUUGCUUUUUAGCCUAUCAGGGAGUUUUUCAAUAGCAUUGCAGAAGAGGCCUUCAAAUCACAUGCUGAUCUGGACUAUGACAAUGAACAUCUUAAGCAUCGUUGCAACACUAAUAGGUGUGUUUUUAAUAAUACUUGAACUGAUGAUGACUUCAGGUAUACAAUCUUCUUUGUGGCAAUACAGAAGUGGUAGGAUGCUUACAGGAUAUCUCUUCCUGUUCACUGUCUUGGAGAUGUUCAUGGCAUGCAUAGUAACUGAGUGGACCUACAGAGCAAGACAAACAGAAGAUUAA